AUGAAUGACAAAAUCGAAUUCGACUUCCAACCUGGAGAAAUCAUUCCCAAGAGGGUUGAAAAUGAAAACAAGCUUGGAGUUCCAUACAAUCUGGAUCAAUAUGGCUUUCAAGCUCCAGAGACUUAUAUUUUGGAGGCUGGUGACGUGCCACUCGUAGAUGUGAACGGAGAGCUUCUUCGUCUCGAUACGGAUCUAGUUGAAGAUAUUGAAAAACGAAUUUUGAGAAAUUAUGAAUCGGCGUUGGCACUUAAAAACAAGCAGAUUGCUUAUCAUCGUCAUUCCCUUCUUCCAUUCCAUUAUCGCCGUCACAACUUGAGUCCUCCGUAUACCUGUUAUAUUCAAUUGACGGUGUCUUCUAAAGGAACCAAAAAGCAGAUUCAGAGAUACAUGUAUACAAAGAGACUUCAUGAAGCAGCAAAACAACUCAACACAAUUCUAUUUGGAGGUAGACAAGGCGUUAUUCAAGUUCGAGAUUUUUCAAUGCCUUGGUGUUCGAUGUUGAGAUUGCCAGUUGGAUUCAAAAUUAGAGUGAAAUGCAUAGAAAAUGUAAUGGAUAUGUCAUUGCGAUAUAACCAAAUACUUUCAUUGAUCGACAGUUCCAGUUUUCCACUGAAUAAGGUCACUAUCUUUGCUAUAUUUGAGGCCGAUAUCGGUGUGAAUGAUUUCCAUUUACCAGCAAUUAGAAGUGCGAAAUUAUUAAAAAUAAAAGAUGGUAGUUAUCAGGCCGAUUUGCCAUUAUUGCUCAGAACUCUCCCAAAUCAAACUGUCAUUUUGAUAUAUUCUAUAAUUACUUUUCAAGCCGAUGAAUAUUUUGCGUUGGCAAGGAGCUGGCUCAAUGACAAGCGACCUGUUGGAACUUGUUAUUUUUUUCCAAUCCUGGAAGAAGAAAUAGUUAGAGAACUUGUGAGAUUGAUUAGAACUCGCAUGGAAAACGCGAAGAGAACGAAAAGAUGUGUAACCGUUUCCAUGGGACACGAAAACAGGUUGGAAGUGUUUUAUGUGCCAGCUAAAACUCACAGAAAUCCCGAAGUUCGACGUUCUUUAUAUAAAUGGGUUCUCAAUAUGAGAGUUGUUCGAGUUCGAUGA